AUGAACACAACAGCAAACAUGUCGGACUGCCCAGAGUUGAAGGUCCCCAUCCCGAUCUUCUUUACCAUCGGUGCAGUUGGUCUGGUGGAAAAUCUCUUGGUUGGGGUGGCCGUCAUAUAUAACCGGAACCUCCACUCCCCCAUGUACUGCUUCAUGUGUAGCCUGGCGGGCUUCAACACGGUCGCCAGCCUCACCAAAACCUGCGAGACUGCGCUGCUUGUGUUUGCCGAUGAGGGGCAACUGAAGAAGGACGGUUUCUCUGAGACCAAGCUGGACGAUGUGAUGGACUCGCUGCUUUGUAUGUCCUUUGUGGGUUCCAUUUUCAGCUUCCUGGCCAUUGCGGCAGACCGCUAUAUCUCCAUAUUCCACGCACUCAGAUACCACAACAUCAUGACAAUGCGGCGGACAGCGGGCGUUUUAGGUAUUAUCUGGACAACAUGCGGGGUGUCGGCGGUUCUCAUGGUGAACUUCUACGAGUCCAAGUUCAUCAUGAUCUGCUUCGUUGCGCUUUUCGUUCUCUCCUUUGGCGUCAUCUGCUUCCUCUAUGUGUACAUGUUCAUGCUGGCACGCAUCCAUGCCAGGAAGAUCGCCUCUCUGGCUUCCUGCGGUGGUGAGAAGUACCAUCAAAGAUGGCGGGGUGGCGGCGUGAGAGGAGCCCUCACGCUGACCAUCCUGUUUGGGGCAUUUGUGGUGUGUUGGGCGCCGUUUUUCUUCCACUUGGUCAUCAUGGCAGCGUGCCCGACAGACCCGUACUGUGAGUGUUACAGAUCGCUCUUCCAGCUCCACUUGGUGUUGAUGAUGAGCCACGCCCUUAUUGAUCCUGCGAUCUACGCCUUCCGCAGCACCGAGCUGAGGCACACCUUCCGGAAGAUGCUCCUUUGUUCCGAAGGCAUGCAGCCUUUAUUUCAACAUUGA